CCAUCGUCAAAUAGUUUCACUCUACUAAAAAUAAACGCAGCAAACGUCAUAAAUAGACCUGAAAAUAACGAUUGAGACGUUAUAUAAAAAACUUUGUAGUUUGUACAUCUGAUUUAAGUCCAUUUCAACAGAAAGUAUUUACAAACCAUUUGAAUCUUCUUGGUACAACGAUACUCACCCCUGUGGAUAUUCCCGUUGGAUAAUUUGAAAGACGGUGUAAUCUCUCUAGAGGUUUCCUCGUACUUGGUACUUUUGAUCACUCUUUGGAUUUGUUAUCAAGUUUUUCUAAGCUUGCGUCUCUAUAUCUUUAUUGCUUUGUAUUGAACGCUUUCAUCUAGGAUUGCACAUCGAGUAUUUGAUGUUCGCUUCUAUCUUUGUAACUGGCUAAAUUAUGAAUGAAAUGUGUUGUGUUUCAAGAAAAAAACCAUUUGAAUCUUCUUAUUUACAUCAAAUUAUUCAAAUUAAAAUAUUUUCACUACUAAAAGGAAUGGAGUGUUCUAAAACCGAGUCGACAGAUACGAGCGAUUAUUGCUUAAAGUAUUUUAUUUGGCAAGUAGAGUAUUGUCCUUUUGCCAACACUGUGUGACUCUACAGCGCGACACGAGGCAAGUUACUAAAAAAACAAAAAAUAAAAUAACUCAAGAAAGUGAUAUACGUGUAAGAGUAUCUAGAACCACUUGGAGCUUUAAGAUUUUUAUGGCCUAUAUGAAGAGAUUUAUAUUACAUGGUGUUGUGUCUCUCACUCCCAACACCAUUUCCUAAACAGAUAAGACACUUUAAAAGGCAGAGAAACUUCUAGAUUUCCGGCUAAUCCUUUGAGAAGAAGAACGAUAUCCACUAUCACUUCUGAACAUGAUUUCUGUUGUUAUCGUCACUGAGCUACUGCUCGAGUACACGGCGGCCCUCGCGAAAUUAACGGCUGGUAUUCUUCCUAGACGGCGAGGAGACAGAGACGUUAUAAGGAUUGGUGGUUUCUCUCUGCGGUUUCCUCAUAGACCGUCGCCUAUUCCAGAUUUCUCUUCUCAUCUCGUUGACUUCUGAUAUGUGCCACAAAGCAAGCUUUCAGAUCUCAGUGUUGUGCUUUCACCGGAGCUACUAGGAUACUGUGACGGCCGGGACUUUUCAUUUUCACUCUGAUUUUGUCUCUCUUUUUCUUUUGACUUUUUUUUUAGUCGAAUGAAACUUCAUCUGGAUUCUUGAUCAGAGCUUUGUAAAAUUGUAUCUAAUUAUAAAUAGAGAUUGUGAUUUUGAUGGACU